AUGGGGUGCACGGGGAGCAAGGCGGCGGUGGCGAAGAAGCCUGAAUCUCUGGAGGAGAAGGAGAAUGCGAGGCAACAGGUGCCCAAAAGCCAGUCGGGAACACUCGCUGGCGCGGCUCCGGUUGAAGCCACACAGGACCGCAGGGGUGAAGGGAAGAACGCAGCAUCACGGUCAACCUCGCGAGCGGGAGAGGCGACCGAAGUAAGGACUGCUGCGUCUACUGAAGUGAAAGGCCCCCCCGCACAAGGUGGACAGAUCGAUAUCAACGAAGAUCCUUUGGCGGGGAUCGUCCUGGAGCCCCCGGAGGAUUGUGAACCCGUCAUGAUGAAGAACGGCGUUGUUUAUAGAGGAGAAUGGAAGAAUGGAAAGCAGCAUGGCCAGGGUCAGCAGAAGCAGGCGGAUGGUGUCGUUUACAUCGGACAGUUCUACGACGGCCAUAUCGAAGGCUUUGGCCGUCUAGUGCGGCCCGACGGCAGCAAGUACGAAGGCGAGUUCGCCCAGGGGAAGGCUCACACCAAGACCCGCAACGGCAAGUACACCUUUGCCGACGGCAGCGUUUACGUGGGUCAGUGGAUCGCUGACAAGCGACACGGCAUUGGCAGGGAAGUUACUCACGACGGCAGCGUGUAUGAGGGCGAGUACCGAAACGGCUGCAAGCAUGGACAUGGCCGCAUGCAGUCUCCUUCCGGCGAUGUCUACGAGGGCGAGUUCAGCAAGGGUGACAUGAACGGUAAAGGCCGGUAUUGCUGGCCAGAUGGGCGGAUUUACGAAGGAGAAUGGUCAAUGAGCCGGAUGCACGGAAAGGGGGUAUUCUUCUUCGUUGACGGUCGCAAGUACGAGGGAGAAUUCAAGGACAGCAAGAUGGAGGGAGAAGGGAGGCUGACGUGGCCGGAUGGAAGCGCCUACCAGGGUGGCUUCAAAGGAGGCCUUCCGCAUGGGCGAGGCACUCACCAGGCGACGGCAGAAACCAAGCCACGGCUAGCGCUGUGGAAUCAAGGCGUGAGAGUAAAAUGGCUUAACGACGAAGAGAUGCAACAGGAAGGAGAACACGGAAAGCAGGGGUCCGAGGGGCCGUCGAAACCGUCUCCAGCACAAGGGGAUAGGAGCACAAAACCACAGGAGCAAGCAAACGAGAAGGAAAAAGUCAGCGGAGAGUAA